ACUUAUUUGCAAUAAUAACUUAUUUCUAGGUUAGAAGAAAAGAUAAUAAUAUAUGCUAUUCAGCAAGGGUACUAGGGUACCAAAGAAAAAAAAACAUUAAAACAUGUUUGGAGUAAUCAAACCUUUUGCUAUCCCUUCAGCCACGACUCUGGUAAAAAGAUUCUAUGUUAAGAGAAAUUCCUCAACCUUGCAAAGUUACUUUCUAAACAACACAACACUCAUACUGCUUGAGAAUUGUAGUCGAACGUAUCGUAGUAAAAGAAUUUUAUCUACAACUGCAAUUAAUUAUCAAAGUGUAGUAAAGGCACGAGAAAUGGCACAUAAAUUAACUGAAGAAGACAAAACUAAAGCACUAGAGCCCCUAUUGCAAAAUGGUUGGUCUGUGGUUAACAACAGGGAUGCAAUUUACAAAGAGUUUAUACUCAAGGAUUUUAAUGAGGCUUUUGGUUUUAUGACUCGCGUAGCACUGCUAGCCGAAAAAAUGAAUCAUCACCCAGAAUGGUUCAACGUUUACAACAAAGUUCAAAUAACGCUAUCUACGCAUGAUGUUAAUGGAAUAAGUACAAGAGAUAUAAAAAUGGCCGAUUUUAUAGAAAAGAUAAUCGAAAUUUACCCUAAAUAGGGUUUCACUAAAAAGCUGUACUAUUAAAUGCUUCCCCAGAAUGUUAUGACGAACUUCCUCAUUAAUAAAUGUGAAUAAGCUGUU